AUGGGAAGCACCAGCUACGGGAUCAAAGAUGAAUGGGCCAAUGAACCAAUAGCCAUCGUUGGUAUGAGCGCCAAAUAUGCUGGAGAGGCAACAAAUACUGAGAAUCUCUGGCGCAUGCUCAUCAACGCCCGGAGCGCUUGGACUCCUUUUCCGUCUUCGAGAUUUAGACCGGAAGGUGUCUAUCAUCCGAAUAAUGAAAAGCUCAAUACGACACACGUCAAAGGUGCCCAUUUCCUCCAAGAAGAUGUUGGGCUAUUCGAUGCGGCAUUCUUCAGCUACUCGGCCGAGACAGCGGCAUCCGUCGAUCCGCAAUAUCGAUUGCAGCUCGAGUCUGUAUAUGAAGCCUUAGAAGCUGGUGAGCAGUCUCGCUUGACCGCAGCAUGGUCAAACUCGCUAACGUCCCAUCAUGUAGCCGGUAUCCCGCUUCAUUCAAUAGCUGGGUCAAAUGCCUCGGUAUACACAGGAGUAUUCGUACAUGACUAUAGAGACGCCUUACUCCGAGAUGCAGACAACCUGCCUCGGUUGAUGGCCACGGGCACUGGCGUUCCCAUGAUGUCGAACCGCAUCUCUCAUUUCUUCGAUCUUCGUGGGGCGAGCAUGACAAUCGAAACGGCAUGCUCCUCAGGGAUGGUGGCGACGCACCAGGCCGUCCAAAAUUUGCGAGCCGGUGAAUCUGACAUGGCAAUCGUGGGAGGCGCCAACUUGACGCUCUACCCAGACAUGUUCAAGGCCUUAGGUUCUGCCGGAUUUCUAUCCGGCGAGGGAAAGUCUUUUGCUUUCGAUUCACGGGCUUCCGGCUACGGCCGUGGCGAGGGAGUAGCCACUCUGGUCCUCAAGCGCCUGAAAGACGCGCUCGCAGCUGGUGAUCCGAUCAGAGCAGUGAUUCGCGAAUCAAUGCUCAAUCAGGAUGGCAAAACAGAAACCAUUACAACCCCGAGUCUAAAAGCCCAGGAAGAUUUACUGAGAGGCUGCUAUGCGAAAGCAGGCCUCGACACUAGGGGGACUCAGUAUUUCGAAGCUCAUGGGACUGGCACCCAGGCUGGAGAUACCAUCGAGGCGCGUGCCAUUGCAAAUGUCUUUCAAUCCCACCGAGAGCCACUUCUCAUUGGGUCAAUAAAAACAAAUAUCGGACAUACUGAAGCAGCCAGCGGGCUUGCAAGUAUCGUGAAAACGGCAUUGGCCAUGGAAAGGGGGGUGAUACCUCCCUCGAUCAACUUCGAGAGUCCCAACCCAAAGAUCACCCUGGAAGAGUGGAACCUAAAGCUCGUGAGAAGUCUCAAGAAUUGGCCUGACACUCCAAUUAGACGUGCAUCUAUCAACAAUUUUGGCUAUGGAGGCACGAAUGCACACAUCAUCUUGGAAGAUGCAGCGUCAUGGGCUUCAAGUCUCCCAGACAAAAACGGACAUGCGAAUGGUAGCUCAAACGGGCACCUCAAUGGCCAUUUAAAUGGGCAUUCAAGUUUCAACAAUCAUAGCACCAGUCAUUCCAAUGACGUUCGGAAAAAUGAUGGCCAGAACAGGCCCAACGGCCCAUCCAAGGUUCUCCUCCUGAGCGGGAAGGAUGAGCAGGCAUGCCAGAAAAUGGUCUCCAACCUCACUGAGUUCCUAAGUGACAAUAAGCCGUCAACUUCAAAAUCAGAAGAAUUCCUGGAAAGUUUAGCUUAUACACUUGGGCAGCGGCGAACACGGUUUCCUUGGACAGCUGCUCACCCUGUUCCUAUCACCGACGGCAUCGAUGAGGUCAUUCAGACACUUCAGUCGCCAAAAUUCAAGCCAACUCGCAGUUCGGGCAGACCACGAAUUGGUAUGGUUUUCACUGGUCAGGGUGCACAAUGGUAUGCCAUGGGCAGAGAGCUCAUGGAUGCCUAUCCCGUAUAUAAGGCAUCACUCGAAGAAGGCGAGAAAAUGCUAAAAGAGUUUGGAGCCGAGUGGUCUAUGAUAGAAGAACUUUCUCGCGACGCCGAAUCCUCUCGAAUCAACGAAGUAUCGCUCAGCACUCCCAUCUGUGUGGCUGUUCAAGUGUCCCUCGUGCGCUUGCUUCGCUCCUGGGGUAUCAUACCCGUAGCCGUCACGAGCCAUUCGAGCGGGGAAAUGGCAGCGGCCUAUGCUGCAGGAGCAAUGAGUUACCAGCAAGCUAUGGCUUACUCUUACCACCGUGCUGUACUGGCAGCAAACAAGGACUUCCAAGGGCCCGUAAAGGGCGGCAUGAUCGCCGUGGGGCUCGGACACGACGAAACACAAUCUUACUUGGAAAGAUUGAAUUCGGGCGGUAAAGCAGUGAUUGCAUGUGUGAAUAGUCCUUCUAGUAUCACUGUCGCUGGCGAUGUUCCUGCCAUACUCGAACUGGAGAAAUUAGCCAAUGAAGAAGGAGUCUUUGCACGCCGCUUGAAAGUCGACACUGCGUGGCACUCACACCAUAUGGCCCCGAUAGCCAAGGUCUUUUUAUAUACUCUCGAGAGUCUUCCAAAGGAAGAUACUGAGAAUAUCGCACUCGAAGCCGUGCGGUUUUCGUCGCCGGUAACCGGAGGUCGCCUCACACAUUCCAAACAAAUAUCUCGUCCGGGGCACUGGGUAGAAAGCUUACUGCAACCAGUUCAGUUUGUCAAGGCCUUUACUGACUUCGCACUGGGCGACUCGGACACUCCUAAUGUGGAUGUCAUUGUAGAGGUUGGGCCACACACUGCCCUGGGAGGGCCGAUCCAACAGAUCCUCGCACUUCCCGAGUUCAAGGAUUUCAAGUUACCGUACUAUGGUACUUUAGUCCGCAAAAUGAAUGCACGAGACAGCAUUCAGGCACUGGCUGCUAACUUGGUGCUUGAGGGGUAUCCUGUCGAUAUGGCAGCCGUCAACUUCCCUCGUGGCAAGGGACCACAUGUUAAGGUACUGGUAGAUCUGCCAUCAUACCCCUGGAACCACCAAAUCAGACAUUGGGUAGAACCUAGGUUCAACAAAGCUCUGUGUCAGCGUUCGGAGACCCCCCAUGAUUUACUCGGCACACUUGUCGACGGUUCAAAUCUCGAUGCUCCCUCAUGGAGACACACACUCAGGACUUCGGCAUCACCUUGGACUAGGGACCAUGUAAUUCAGUCUAAUAUUGUAUAUCCUGCCGCUGGCUACAUUUGCUUAGCUAUCGAGGCAGUUAAGCAACUCUCCAAAUUGAACAACAGAACCGACAUUAGCAAGAUUGCGGGUUACAAACUAAGAGAUGUCGACUUUCUGCAAGCGCUUGUUAUUCUAGACAACUCAGAUGGUAUUGAAAUACAAACCACCUUGCGCUCUGCCAACACAAAAGAUAUUGGGAAGCAGAAUUGGAAGGAAUUUGAAAUCUGGACAGUCACACUGGAUAAUCAAUGGACCCAGCAUGCCAAAGGUUCAAUCUCUGUGGAGUUUGAAGACUUCUCUCUAACUACAGCCAUUGGUCGAGGGGUGAGCAACCUCGACAUAAAAGGCUACGCUCGCCGAGUCAUACCAGCCGACCUUUUCUCGAACCUCAAGGCUCUUGGCAUUUCUCACGGACCCAUGUUCCAGAAUAUGAAGCACAUCAUUCAAUCAGGCUCGGAAAUGAAAAGUGUUGUCACCAUGUCCAUUCCGGACACGUCCCUACCAAAGGAUCUUCCGCAAAAUCAUGUGUUGCAUCCGGUAACAUUAGACUCGAUCAUCACGUCCCCUUAUUCAGCUGUCCCAGGAGCCGGGGCCCAUGAGACUGCAGCUAAAGUACCCAGGGCUGUAAAAAGUUUCUGGGUGUCGGAAAGCAUUGGUUCGAACCCAGGACAUUUGCUCGAAGUUGGUUCUAUUAUCAAUCGUGAUAAUAUUCAAGGCAUGGAAGCCGAUCUAUCUGUACAUGAUGGAAAUGGGAGAAUGGUACUAGAAAUGAAAGGUUUCUCAUACCAGUCGCUAGGGAAGAAUCUGUCCCUCAGCAAAACAGAGCGGUGGCAAACCGAGCUUUGCAACAUUGUCGAUUGGUCACUAGACAUCUCAUUCCUGUCGCCAGCCACAGUUUCCUUCAUCAAUAAGCAAUUAAGUAAUGCCGGUGACAGUUCAGAGCCUAGUCUCACCAAACGACUUUGUCAAGUAUGCUUCUACUUCAUGCAGCGGGCGCUGCUUGAGAUGGAUCAGAAUGAUGCAGCCGACAUGGCUCCCCACCUUGCCAAAUAUUACACCUGGUUGAAAGACACGGUUGAUAAGGAAGCCUCUGAUCAACUCAUCGGAGACGGUAGGACUUGGUCAUCAAUGACAGAGCCCGAAAAACAAGAUCUCAUCAACCAAGUAUCUGAUUUUGGGGUGGAAGGCGAGAUCGUCAAGCGUAUAAGCACACAGUUACUCGCCAUGCUAAAGGGUCAAGCAUCGCCAGCGGAGGUGCUCUCUCAAGACAAUCUGCUAGCUAAAUAUAGAAGUGAAACCCCGAGAGGAAAGCGAACGGGGUCACAAUUAGCUGGACUACUAAAGCAUCUAGUACAUAAGAACCCUCGUGUUCAGAUUCUGGAAAUUGGUUCAAGAGACGGUGGGAUGACCCAAUAUGCUCUUGAAGCACUCGGUACAUCUGCCACGGGUGGCCCGCACGCUUCCGUGUAUUACUACACGGAUCGCUCCACGGCUUCUUUCGACGAUGCCAAAAAAGACUUAGCGACUUGGAGCGACUUGCUUUCCUUUCAAGAGCUUGACAUUGAGCUUGAUCCAGCUUCACAGGGUUUUGCUCUCGGAACCUGCGAUAUAGUGAUUGCUUCUCAUGCUCUCAGUGCCACCAGAAAUAUUCCCCAAGCCCUACAAAAUAUUCGGAAUCUGAUCAAACCAGGCGGAGCCCUCUUGGUUGCUGAAGAUAUAAAAUGCCGGAAUGACAUUCAGUUUGUAAAUGGUCUCUUUCCAGGCUGGUGGCUCGCACAAGAAUCCGGCAAAGAUGCAAACCCGUUACUUGAUGCAGGCAUCUGGGAUCUUCAACUUCGUGACGCUGGCUUCAAUGGGGUAGAGGUCGAGCUAGCCGACUGUGAAGAUCCGGAAAACAAGACGUCGGUCACGCUUCUCGCAACAGUACCGUUGUCGCUUCCGCCGCUGCAGGGCGUAGACCCAGAGCGCAUAGUUAUCAUCACAAGCCACAAACCUGAAUCGAUGCCUCCACCGGAGUGGCUGGAAAGUCUCCAAAAGUCUAUUGAUUCGGUCAUAAAAGGUGCUGACGGCGGAGCAGUGCCGUUGAUGAAAGAUCUAUGUUCAGUUUCCAAUAUUGAUCCACCAUGGUUCACUGACAAAAUUUGCGUUUUCGUUGGCGAAGUAGAUGAUGGCGUACUUUACGAUCUUGAUUCAACUUCUUUAGAAGGCAUCCGAGCGAUGGCUACAAGCUUCAAAGGUUUGCUCUGGGUAACAAGAGGCGGUGCAGUAGAUUGUCAGCGUCCUGAGCUCAGUCUUGCCUCUGGGUUCGUUCGCACGCUUCGGACAGAAUAUCCAGGCCGCAAGUUACUCACACUCGACCUUGACCCAAGGGGAGAACUUUGGUCUCAAAGUAGUACAAGCGUGAUCGCCCAAGUACUCCAAGCUACGCUUAUAAACCCCAAAGACGAUCCCGCAGCUGAAAGGGGGCCAGGCGAUUACGAAUUUGCCGAGCGAGACGGUAUCAUUUUAGUCCCACGACUUUACCAUGAUGUAGCCAAAAAUCUACAUCUGUCCCCAGGCACCACAGAAGCGGCUGAGCCGGAGAAAUUGCCUGUCGAGCGUUUCUGUCAACGAGACAGACUCUUGUGCUUGGACCCAGAGCGGCUCGCUUUCGGUGAUGACCCUCAUGCUGAAGCUUAUCGCGAUUCUCUCCCUCCCAACACGUUGGAGAUAGAGCCGAGGGCCUACGGUACUAGCCUAAACGUCACAGGAGACCAUAUUGUCGGCGUCGAGUGCGCCGGUAUUAUCUCACGAGUCGGUACAGAGGCAUCAUUGCAGGGCUACUCGGCUGGUGAUCGAGUGGUCUGCAUACUGCAGCAAUCAUCAUUCCCAAACCGCGCUGUGGUUGACUGGACCGCUGCGACACAUAUCCCGACUGAACUGGACUUCCAGGAGGCAGCGUCAAUCCCUAUGGCAUUCCUUACGGCUUACUUCUCCCUCGUAGAGGUCUCGAGACUUCAGCGCACUCAAUCUGUCCUGAUUCAUUCUGCAACAAGCGAUUUUGGGCAAGCUGCUGUAAUGAUAGCGCAAAGCCUUGGAGCAGAAAUAUAUGCCACAACAAGCAGUCGGGAAGGGCGUGAUGUGAUAAUGCAACAGUACGGAAUCCCCGCCAGUCGCAUAUUUGAUAGCGAAAAUGCAUCAUUCAGCCGAGCAAUUCUCGCUGCUACAAAUGGCAGGGGAGUAGACGUCGUGCUGAACUCGUUAUCUGGUCUCCUGCUGCAGGAGAGCUUCAAUUUGGUAGCGCCACUUGGGCACUUUGUAGAGGUUGGCAAGCGAGACUUGGAGGCCAACAGCAACCUGGAGAUGGGUUCCUUCUCCCGCUCAGUGUCCUUCUCCUCUGUUGAUAUCCGUACUUUGCUAGAACAUCGCGGGGCCCAUGUUCAUCGUUGCUUGGGUGAGAUAAUGCGUCUUAUCAAGUCAAAAGCUGUGAAAGUCGUUUCUCCCAUCAUCUCAACUAGGUUGGCGGAUAUCACCAGCGCUAUGCAACUACUACGAGCAGAAUCCCAUAUCGGCAAGGUCGUCCUUUCAGUCAGUCCUGACGAAAACGUACCUGUCUUCCCACAGAAGGCGGUUGUUAAGCUGUCCCCUGAAGCGUCAUACCUGAUCGUCGGCGGAAAUGGCGGGUUGGGUCAGUCCGCCGCGCACUGGAUGGUCGCUCAUGGAGCCAGAAACCUCGUCUUACUCUCGCGCAGCGCAUCCAAAAGCGAGAAGACUGCGACUCUAGCCAAGGAACUGAUGGAAGCAGGGUGCAGCCGCGUUCUACCUGUCAGCUGUGAUGUUGCCAGCGAGGAUGACCUUGCCAAAGGAAUACAGACUUGCGCACAGGAGGGGCUGCCUCCUAUUCGCGGCGUCAUUCACGCAGCCUUUGUUCUCCAGGAUUUUUUCGUAGAAAACAUGACACUGGAUGACUGGAAGUACACAACUCAGAGCAAGGUUGCUGGCGCCUGGAAUCUGCACAACCAAUUCAAUCUGCCCGGAGAUCUCGACUUUUUUGUCCUCUUCUCUUCUAUCAACGGAGUUCUCGGCUAUGCCAGUCAGGCGGCCUACUCGGCUGCAGGUGCUUAUGAGGAUGCCUUGGCCCAUUGGCGUGUCAAACAUUGCGGCCUCCCGGGCGUGUCAAUUGAUUUGUCUGUAGUGAAUGCUGUCGGAUACGUGGCCGAGGCUGAAGGGGCCGAGAUGCUACGCAAGUCACUCACCAGGGCUGGUCGUAGGGUUAUCGACGAAUCCCACGUCCUUUCAUCUCUCGAGUCGGCCAUCCAGUCGCCUUUCGACCCGCAGUUUGUCGUCGGUGGUAUUAACUCCGGCCCAGGCGCCCAUUGGGAAGCUGAUGGCGAGCUUGGGCGCGACAUGCGAGUCCUGCCACUCAAGUAUCGUCAGACCUCAACAACUGCUGGUGAGAAGCAAACGCAGCAGGGUGAGGAUGACACUCUAGCCGCAAGGAUGGCGGCGUGCUCGUCACGGGAUGAGGCCAUCUGCGUGGUCGGUUCGGCCUUGGCGGAUAUGCUGGCAGACAUGUUCAUGGUUCCAGCUGAGGAGGUUGACUUGAGCCAAUCACCCUCACAGCAGGGCGUCGAUUCCCUUGUGGCUGUGGAGGUGCGCAACAUGCUCUUCGGCCAGGCAGGGGCUGAGCUGUCCAUAUUCAAUAUCAUGCAGAGCCCGAGUUUGAGCAAGUUGGCAUCAGACGUAGUAGAUCGGAGUUCUCAUGUUGAAUUUGCAGCAUAA